UGAUCUACUGCACUGCCACAUCUAAAAAAUGGACUCCGAGUCCACCCCUCGAAUAGACACACUUAUCCUUGAUACGGGGCCGCUAGUUCAUGAGGUAGCCCUUAGGGGAAUAGCUAAGGCAUAUGUGACGGUGCCUCAGGUUAUCACUGAGGUGCAAUCGUCACAUGCCAGAGCGUACCUCGAAAGACUUCCGCUGCUAGGCAUCGACAUCAAAGUUGUCAACCCAAAUCUCUUAUCAUUCCAUAAAGUUUCCGAGGCGGCGAAGAAAUCUGGGGACUACGGUGUCCUCUCCAGCACGGAUUUGCUUGUGUUGGCCUUGGCACAUACCGUUCACACCAAAGCAUCAUCUGAGGCUGACUCCACUACUUCUACAUCCAACUUUCCAGAGAAAUCUGGAUCAAACCCCGAACGGCCAGAACCCACCCAAAAGGAGCCUGGAUCCUACCUGGAAAGUAAUGCGACAAAUAAUCCCGACCCCUCGUCCUUGGAGCCUUCGGGCAUUGAUACUAACGAUGCGGACGAUGGCGACGCAAACCCAAACGAGGACAACCAUGGAGAUGAGGAUUCUCUAGAUUUGUCUGGUCUUCAGAUAUCAGAACUCCCAGAAGAGCCCUCUGGAUCUCGCCCUCCGGCUCUUGAAGUGGCCCCCCUUUUCGAGGACCCUCCCUCUGAUGACGACGGGGAGGGCGAAUGGAUCACACCUGAUAACGUCUCAACAAUAAAGGCUCGUGAUAAAUUUCCGGGGGAGUUUAACGCCGAUCUCGGGGACGAGCAGGCUCGCCUGAAAGCGGCAUGCAUGACUGCUGAUUAUGCCAUGCAAAAUGUCCUAAUGCACCUCCAUCUUCCUCUCAUUAGCUUUGAAGGGAGGCAACUCAUGGAAGCGUCAACAAAGAUGCUGAGAUGUCAUGCUUGCUGCACCCUAGUUAAGGAUCCGACAAAAAAGUUCUGUCCAAAGUGCGGGAACGCAACUCUCACUCGAGUAUCCGUUUCUACGGCAGCACCACCUCCUGGGUCUCCCUCAGGCACUGCUCCCACUGUCCACGUCCAUCUGAAGAAAAAUUACAAACAUAACCUUCGAGGAACGAUAUAUUCGAUACCACUGCCGAAACCAGGUAGUAGGGGUACGAAUAAUAUAAUUCUGCGCGAGGAUCAGAUAGAAUUCCAGCGCGCGGUGAAAAGGGUGCGAGCCCAAACCAAGAAAAUGGAGCAGAAAAUGAAGAGUGCGGUUGCUGCAGCGCAGGGCAAGGACGGCUGGGCAGAUCCUGAUUGGAUGCCAAACAUGCUACUCGGGGUAUCGACCAAACCGAUCCCAACACUGCCUGAGAUUGGGUAUGGUAGACGAAAUCCACAUGGAGCUAGGAGGAAGAAAUAGGAUCCCGCAGUCCUUCGUUCAAGCUUCCCCAUUACGUACAGAUCUAUGUAUCCUGCACCAUUUUCGGGCCUUCAUUCCAUUCAUUUCACAUAUGCUUUCGAGUC